CGAGGCGGUGAUGUACGCGAACGGCGUCGCGAUCUCCUUCCUGGAGGCCGCGCUCGAUCGCCGCGAGCGGGCGCUGGAGAGCCACCCGGGCCUGCUGCCGCCCCUGCCGCCCGGCGUGACGCCCCAGCGCCUCGAGGGGUCGGCGCGGCCCCCGCGCGGGCUCGGGAGCGACUGGCUGCUGUCGCCGAGGAUCCUGCGGGCCCUCGAGGACCUGCAGCUCGCGAGCCUCGAGGCCCUGCCCUGCGCCCAGGCGGGCUGGGCCCAAGGCUUCGCGCUGCUGUGCGCCCAGGCCCUGCGCGUGGUAGACAGCCUGGCGGUGCUCUGCCAGACGUCCCUGAAGGCCGCCCACGCCACCCUGGGCGACCUCCACGCGCCGGCCAUGGCGCAGCUCCGGCGCCCCACGCUGCGGCGCCUGGCGCAGGCGGAGGACAAGGUCAGGGUCGAGGGCGGGACGCGCGCCGCCAGGGGCGGCGAGCGCGUCCUGCAGCUGGCGAGGGAGUUCGAGGAUUUCGAGGCCGUGGUGGGCUCGCUGGCGUCGACCCCGGAGCGGCUGGACGAGCUCAUGGCGGAGUCGGAGCCCUUCAGGGCGCACGCCCUGGAGCACCUGCUCCGGGACCAGUCGCUGCAGCCCUUGUUCUUCCGGGCCAUCGCGCGCUUCGAAGUGCCCGACCAGAUCGUCGAGAAGUUGCUCGCGCCGUACCCAGAGCUCCGCUGGACCCUGGAGCUGCGCGGCCUCGACGGCGCCUCGCCCGACGCGGCCUGGCUCGGCGCCCUCGGCCGGGUGGAGCGGAAGGUGGCGAAGACGGCGCAGCUCGAGGUGCACACGGCGGCGAAGCGCGACGCCUUCGUCGCGCUCGCCACCAUUGCGCGGGCGGCAGCGACCAGGGACACGCCCCAGGAGCCCGCCCUGGCCGAGAUGGCGUGCCUCGGCCGCCUACGGCGGCUCCGGCAGCGCUUCGCCGGCGAGGGGCCCGGCGAAGGGCUGCGGCCAGGGCCGAGGCGCCGGCUGUGCCCGAACGGGCCGCCGGACUCCGUCGAGGAGUGCGUCGCCGGGCUGGCGCCGUGCCUCGGCAGGGCGCUGCGGGCGCUGCGCAGCGAGGGCAGCGAGGGGCAGGCCGUGGCAGACUGCGCCUGCCUCGCGAGGCUGGCAGAGCCCCUCGCCGAGCUCGGGGGCGAGAGCCUGGCGGGCGACCUCCAGCGGCUCUGGGCCGAGGCAGCCAUAGCCGACGCCGGCAUGUGGCAGGAGGCGCUCAUGGCCCCAGAAGGCCCGCAGCGCGACGCGCUGCUGGCCAGCACGUGCUUCUUCAGGAUGCUGACGUGGAAGGGCCCCGUCGCCAGGGCGGCGUGCCGCGAGCCCCCCCCCUCCGCGGAGCUGGGGGCGCUGUGCGGCACGCUCGAGGAGCUGCGGCCGCUGGCGCCCGCGCUGCGCCUCGCGGAGGCCCUGGCGGCCUCGCACCGCACGGAGUAGCUUCCGAGGGACGCCGGCACUUUCCUAUAGCCGACCAGGGCCGGCCCCGCCCGCGCCUGGCUGGGCGUUGUUCUUCGCCUCCGCGUCCCCCUCCUCUGCCCUCAUCGGGAAUGGGGGCCCGAUGUCAAUCUCCCGCUCCACCCAUUGCUUAUUACUUGAUGUUCAGACGAGGUCUCUGGACGCGCCCACGGCUAUCUCUUCGUGCGCG